GUACGACCUUAGCAUGGUUUAUAUUUUCAUUGAUUGUAUCUUGUUAUUGUCAUGCAUAGUCUGUGAUCAAAUACCUGUUUUGUGCAUUGUUUACGUAGGUCCCUGCAAUUUGAAAAUUAAAAGUUAAAUCAUAUCAAAAUAAAAAUGGAUAAGAAGCAUGUUUUUACACCCACUGAAAAAAAAUUGUUCGUAGAAAUAUUAAAAAAGUACGGUAACAUAAUUGAAAACAGGGACACGGAUGGAGCUUCCCUAAAGAAAAAAAAUGAUACUUGGGCAUUGCUUACAGCGGAAUUUAACUCAAGCCCUCUAGCAACUAGCAAGGCAUCUACUAAGCAGCUACGGCGUUUGUGGGUCAACUUAAAACAGAGGCAGCGAGAGGCAUUGGCAAAGAAACGCCGGCAGAGAUUGGCUACUCGAGUAGGCGAGUCUGAGGCGAUUGACCCAGAUGUGAUUGUAGGCUCACCAGCUUUGAUAUAUGGGAUUGACUCGGAUACAGUCCAAUCAAUGGAAGGCUCCUCCGUACCUGUAAAGUCAAACAGUCCAUCUGUGGAAUUAGUUUCAGUGGAACCAGAUGUGGUCAUUGCACCAGAUGAACAUGAUUAUUCUAACCAAUCAAUCAAUAUGCACCUUUCACUGACGUCACCAUCUCUGUUUACCCGUGCCACCCCUCCACCUUCCGCACUUCGAACCAGAACGCCUUCACCUUUCAUCUUCCGAACCACAUCCCCACCUUUUGAACACCAAACAGCAUCACAAAUAAACUUUAAAAAUAGUAUUAUGGAAAGGGAAUAUCAAGAUAGCGUAUUAAGAACAAAUGAAAAACAUAACUUGGAAGUACGGAUCCUAGAAGAGCAGCUCAGGGAAAGCACAGCGAAAGCGGACCUUGCUGAGCUUAUUUUGAAGCAGAAGAAGGAAGCAUUCGAUCAAGUCAGUGUAUAAUUAUAAAAAAAUAAAAUUUAAUGCCAAAACUAAGUAUUGAUAUAUUCUCGUAUUAUAGUCAUCAGCGCUCUCCCCUUCACAUGAAAAAGGUUACUGUACAUUAACAGAACAUGAAAUAGCAGAUUUAAAAUUAAUAAACUAAACCAAGCUUUUAAUAAAGGAACAUGCAUUAAGUGUGUCGUGUAAAAAAUCGUGUUUGUAAUACAAAACAACAUACAAACAUACAAACUUUGUAUGUUCGUACGUGUGUGUGUUUAUCAGUGUGUGUCUGUGUGUGUUUGAGGUUUUAAAAGGUUUACUUUAAAAUAACGAGUAAGUUUUCUGUGUUAGCGUAGGUAAAUUAUCGCAACUACCUUUUUAUAAUGGAUUUACAUUGGUAUGAAUUUAAAUUUGAUAUUUUGUGGGUUUUACAAAUCCUAUUAUAUAAUAAGCAUCCGAGAAAGCAGUAGAAUUUAUGAGAUAAAGAUGUUUUCAGAUAAGGUAUUGUAUACAUAUUGCAUUCUUUUCUAAAUGAAUUUAUGGGAUGAUAAAAUUUUAUGAAAUAAAUUUCGAA